GGAACCGUGGGGCUCAGUUGCGUUUUGGUGCUCGCGCGAAUCGUGUCUACCGUUGUACGAAUCUCGUCCCCGUGAUCGAUCGUGUUGGUAAUUAGUAACAUUAUUGUGGUGAAUUAACAGUGGUGAAAAACGUGUCCCCAUAGAAAGUGCUGCUGUUCUUGUUGAUCUCGUGUAGUGAUUUAUUUUUGGGGCGGCGAAAAUUCCUCUCACCUCGGCCGGAGGAAAAGUAAUCAAGGUGAAACGGCAACGGCAGAGAAAAAAAAAUUGCAUUCCAUUCGUCGAUCGGUACACGGGAGAAGUGGUUUAAUUCGAUCGGAUAGAGCAGAAGCAGGAGUUGGGUUGGGUUGGCUUACUGAAAAGUCAGGUGGGCCCAAACAAUCGUACGAGUGCUGCUGCUGCUUCAUUUCGGGGAGAAGAUCGAGAAAAGAACAUUUCGCCGAUAUCUCAGCCUUUGACGUGUGAAAUAAAAACCCAAGGAAGUGAGCGAAAAAAGGUAGAAUAUUUGAGCGAGGGAAAAAUCGCUAAAAGUGAUUCAGUCUGCAGAAUAUAAAGUUAAAUACAAAGAAAAUCCUUCCAAAGAAAUAAGUGAAUUCCUUCCUACUGCUUCGUGGUCGCCAGUGUACGUGUGGAAUGGGAAAUUUCGGAAAAUAAUAAUAAAAAAAAGGAAACUCAGUUCUAUUUCGUUUUUGGCACAUUUCCUGUGCAGUCUAAGCGCGACUGGAAAAGUUUUUAAUUAAAAUCAUCAAUUUGCUCAACGUGUGUGUGCGCGCGCGUGUUUGUUUGUGGGUGGUCGUACAUGUGCUGGUUAUUCGAUUUACAGCAAUCUCGAACCCUGGGCGAGAGACGGCGAACACAUCACUAAACCUCAGAAGUCGAGCUGAACAGUCGAGGAUAUUCUCAGAUAGACUGACUCGUUGUUAACUGUGAGACCCAGCAGAGCGAGUGGCGCAAGAUAGGAAAGGGGGACCCACCAUAGUCCUCACGAAUCAACGAGUCACUCAACCAAACCAAACAGGUGAACCCUUUGGCACAAUAGCAGCGAGAUGCAGUGCAGCGUUGAGACCAUGAACGAAUGUGAACGAUCGCCGGGUCGCACCGGGCUGAGGGUCAAUUUUACCGAGAAGGGCGAGGUAAAGGAGCGCCGGGAGAAAUUCCUCACCGCAAAGUACGGUUCCCACCAAAUGAGUCUCAUCCGGAAGCGGUUGGCCGUCGAGAUGUGGCUGUACGAUGAGCUGCAGAAGCUAUACGAUCCACCCACGGAAGCGAUAGACGUCGAUAUCGACGAGAUUCUCGACAUGGACACCGACGACAUCAGAAGAUCUUAUUUGUUUAGUCUAUUAUCCGCUUGCAAACGGCCACCUCAGGACAUAUCGAAAUUCAUCAGCGAUCUGCUGGACCGGGCAAAGACUCUCUGAGCUGGACUGGUAAUUUCAGUUUAAACUUAAGUUUAAUAUCUUCACGAUUAUGAACGAUGGAUAACAUUUAAGAGGAGACAACAGUGCAGCAUCAAACAGGAUGUGUGUAUUAUCAGUGGAAGAGGAAGAUUAAAGGAUUAACAACCCUGUACAUGUGUCACGUCAAAUUGAAAGUUGUUCAUUAAGGCAAAAACAAAAGAAUUACAAAAAAAAAGCUCACAGUUAAGAAAAUUAUAGUAAUACGGAAAGCAUCCGAUUGGCUAGGCAAUCGAAAGGUGGCAGAUGGGGGCUAGAUUUAGCUUGUGCUGGAAGUUGUUGUUUUAGGUUAUACAUACGAGUAAGAUGAUGGUUAUGUUGCUUCGAAGCGAAGUCGGACUGUGUUCAGUUAUGCUUUGUUUCGUGUGUUGAGUUGCUGGAUUCAACGAACUUCAAACUUCCGAAACCCAAUGCAACACAAUUGUUUAUUAUAUUUUAGACCAAACAAUAGAGAGAAGAAUAUGAUGAAAAAAAGCUAUAUAACCGAACCGAAACAUGAGGAUGAGAAAGAUAUGAUUUUUCCUCCAAAGAAUACUUUAAUGAUAAAUUAAUAUACACAUAUGAACAAGAGAGUGAAAUGUGCGCAGAAAUAUUAUAGCGAUACAAAUUAAUGUGUAAGUAUGUUAAGUGAACAUUGAAAAGUCCAUUUGUUUUGUUAACUAUGUUAGGUUUAGUUGUUUCGCAAAAUCUCUUACUUAGUCUAAUUUUGUAUUUUGUCCCGAACCACUCAGAGAUGUUCGUUUUAUACACAUUUAUUCUUUAUCGAGCCAAUUUCUCAAUUCUUCGUUUCGUUCGCUCGCAAUCACACUGCCACGGGAUUUUGAAGAGUGCUGCCAUCUGCAUCUGAACCGGCCAUCCGCUCAAAACCAAGCAUGCCAUGCUGCUGCUGCGCGCUUUUGUGUGUGAGAAGUAUUUUUUACAAAGAGAAUGCUUCGUUUUCGAAAGGCUUGUGCUCAACGUGAAAUUGUUGUUUUUUAAUUGGAAUAGUACCGAGGUUAGGUGCCGAUGAUUGAGAACCGUGAAACCAACAGUUUCUUUUUAUUCGCAAAAGGCCAUUGCAUAAAUAAAUUGGAAAGUCAGCGAAACGAGCGAUCCGAAACUUAACGCCAAGAUACACACACACAGAAGGGAAGCCCCGGUGUCAAAGAAGAACUGAUAAUUAGUGAACUUGUGUAGUGUAAUAGUAAAUCAAAAACAGAAGAAAACAAAACAGCAAAUUAUGCCAAUUUAAAAUCACCCAUCAUCAAAUCUAAUUCAACGUAUCGAUUCUUAGCUUUAGUGCCAAUUUUGCAAAAAAAAUGACCGGCAUAGCAUUUCCUUUAGCUUCACUAAUUUUAUUACAAUUUUCACUCAUGUCAUCAUAUCAUCGAAAUGGAGAAAUUAGAGGCGAACACACGCAUAUAACUUCUUCUAAUAUAUCAAGUCUAUACGAUAGCGAUGUUUCGUAGUGUUUUCACUGUUCAAACUAUUCAAAAAUUAUUAUAAACAUUUAGAGAGUGCAAAAUCAAGACAAACUGGAUUUAAAUUGGAAUAACCUAUUACUUAAUCGAAUCUGUCAAAAAAAUACCACCCGCAUACACUUCCCCCUCAAGAAAAACAAACAAACAAGUGAAGCAUCAGAGCUGUCAAAUCUUCCCCUCCCUCUGAAUAUAAGAAGCAUUCACACGGUGGUAGGAAUGUAAUCUUGUACGGUGAACUCAAGAAAUAGCUUUAGCUUUUACUGGAAGGAGGAGAGAAAGAGAUUAGAAGUUAGAAGCCCCGCCCCUCAGAGAAUACAUGUUGAACUGGAAUCAUUGACGUUCAAUGGAAUCAUUAUUACGAACAAAAAACUGAAUGUGACACACAAUAGAGAACCCAGAAUCCAGAAACAAUGUGCGUAUCAAUAAAAGUGUUACAUUUUGCUACGCGUGAUAGAAAAAUGCUCGUGUACGCGCGCAGAUAAUAAACGUUAGUGGCAAAGUCUGUGACAUUUGAUCGGAAACAUGCAAAGAAACACAAAAACAUAAAAAUCAUCUGAGGAAGAACAGAAAAAUAGACCACACAUUGUCCCCCGUACCCAUAUGUAAGAGUGCACACAGUUGGUGAACAAAAAAUAUAAUAAAGCGAUGUGGAUUGACAGAGAUAAAAAAAAUGCAAAAAACAAAUAAAAAUUUACAGAAAAGUAUGAGAUAGAAGUGCUUUUGGAGGUAGUC